AUGGCUGGUACAAGAAACUAUGAUUUUUUGAUCAAACUUCUGUUGAUCGGAGAUUCUGGGGUGGGAAAAUCAUGUUGUUUGUUACGAUUCAGCGAAGAUUCAUUCACCCCAUCCUUCAUCACGACUAUUGGAAUUGACUUCAAGAUCCGUACAAUCGAACUUGACGGAAAGCGUGUAAAGCUUCAAAUAUGGGAUACAGCUGGGCAGGAGCGCUUUAGAACUAUUACAACAGCUUACUAUAGAGGGGCAAUGGGCAUACUUCUGGUCUAUGAUGUCACUGAUGAAAGAUCAUUUCAAAACAUUCGCACAUGGUUCUCAAACGUUGAGCAGCAUGCAAGUGAAGGUGUUCACAAAAUUCUCAUCGGAAAUAAAUGUGACUGGGAAGAGAAGAGAGCCGUGUCAACUGAACAGGGCCAGCAGCUAGCUGAUGAGCUUGGCAUACCCUUCCUUGAAGUGUCAGCAAAGAACAAUAUCAAUAUCGAGAAAGCCUUCUACAAUCUUGCCUCGGAAAUUAAGAAAGGCAUGGACACAUCUAAAUCUGAACAGCCUGGUUCGCAAGGUGUCAGCAUAGAUCAGCAAGGCCCGGGGCUGAAUGGCAAUACGGGAGGCAAGUGUUGCUGA